AUGAAUCUGCUGAGAGACGAUUACGGUUCAGAGACUAGCGAUUCAGAUACUGUCAAUUCAGAAAGUAGCGGUUCAGAUCCCAGUUUGAAGGUCAAGAGACGCAAAGUACAGGGGAAACAGGCUCAUCUACCACCGGUACCAGAUUCCAUUGGGGCAAAAUACCAUAUAGAGCCCAAUAUCACGAAGUUCGAGCACGAAGAGAUGUCGCUACAGUUCAAGAUUGGGCAGUGGACAAGUUUUAUCUAUUUACAAUGGAAACCCACAGCGAAGCAACGGAUACUAUUCAACGAGAUCAUCUCAGAUUACAACCAGCUAUUUAAUGACAAAUUUAAAACGAAGAUAUUGGAUAGAUUCGAGUUUAAACCUACUUAUAGAAGCGAUCUGGGUUCACCACAUCCUUUACACGUCUCCCUAUCAAGAAAUUUAACCUUCAACAAGCAAGAACGACGAGAUGAAUUCAUCACCACGCUCGCUGGACAAAUCAAGGCCGCUCAAAUCAACCCAUUCCAAUUACAACUUCAAUCAAGACCACAGCUUUUCCAGUCACAGUUUGAUGCGACAACGCUAUUCCUAGUGUUACCUUUGGAUCCUCAUACGAUAAAGAAGCAAAUAACAAACUUACACGAAGUUAUCAAACGAACAAUGAUACAGUACGCUCUUCCCAGAAACUUUCUCGAGGCUUCUCGCUCUCAUGUCACCAUUGCACAAUUAGACAACGUUCCUCGUCGAGUAAUGUCCAAAAUCGACCAAAUUUCGCCGUCCAAAUCGUAUGCAGAAGUCAGCAGCAUGAUCACUCCCAGCAUAACGCAUUUGCAUCUCGACAAGAAUCGGGAAUCGUUCCAACUUCCAUUCUGA